GCAGCAAUGUCGCUUCCAGCCUUCUUUGUUAACAUCAAUUUCGAUGAGGAAAAGACUAAAAUAGAGUCUUUCCUCUCAAAGUUUACUGAGCAAGUCGACACAUCUACGCCCAAAAAAAGAGGUUCCAAACCAACUCAGCGCACCAAAUACCUUGACUUGCUGACUCAAGUUGCUGAUCGGACUAUUGACACUGUGGAAGUCUCGCUGGAUGAUGUCGACAAGUUUGACCAAACCGGACGACUUGUGCACAACAUUGAACAAAAUACAAAACGAUAUAUUACUCUGUUUUACGAAGUGAUGGACAGUUUGCUGCCUGCGUCUGAAACCGCCCCUACUGACGAUAGCAAUCCUUUGGAAGUCCUUAUCUAUCAGCGUCGUCAACGUGAUGCUCAGCAAGAAGAUGCCAUGAUUGCCGAGGGCGGAAAUUCUGCCAUAGCUGUUCCCAUGUUUCCUCCCGCAUUGACCCGUCGUUUCACGCUUCGGUUUAAGCCAAGUGCCAAGUUUUCAAAGGGAGUUUCUGUUCGUGACAUCAAGGCUACGUCCGUAGGCAAGAUGGUGCGUGUCAAGGGUAUGGUCACUCGUGUAUCCAAUGUCAAACCCAUGGUGGUUGUUGUUGCAUACAGUUGUGACAAUUGUGGCCAUGAGAUUUUCCAGGAAGUAGUCUCUGAAAAUGUAAAUCCUUUGGUGAUUUGCACCAGCGACAGCUGUCGCAAAAAUAAUAUAAAGGGUGCGUUGCAUAUGCAAACUAGAGCUUGCAAGUUUUUAAAGUUUCAAGAAGUCAAGCUUCAAGAAUUGACGGAGCAAGUGCCAAUGGGUAACAUUCCUAGAUACAUGACGGUCUAUUUAACUGAAAACCAAACACGAUCCGUUAGUCCGGGAGAAAUGGUGUACAUUUCUGGAGUCGUUAUGCCUAUUCCCUUUACUGGAUUUCGUGCACUGCGUGCUGGUUUGAUCACUGAUACCUAUCUUGAUGCACAUCACAUUGAGCAUGCAAAGCAGCAGUACACUGACAUGCUUCCUACGACUGCGCUUAAUGCUCAACUACAAGAGCUUACUAACGGCGCCAGUGUAUAUCAUCGACUUUCUCAAAGUAUUGCUCCUGAAAUAUACGGCCACGAAGAUAUCAAAAAGGCUCUGUUGCUUCUACUUGUUGGUGGUGCAAGCAAACAAACCAGCGAUGGCAUGAAGAUUCGUGGUGAUCUUAAUAUUUGUCUUAUGGGUGAUCCUGGUGUAGCCAAGAGUCAGUUGCUCAAGUAUAUUUCCAAACUUGCACCUAGAGCAGUGUAUACUACUGGCCGUGGCUCUUCCGGUGUAGGAUUGACUGCAUCUGUGUUGCGCGAUCCAGUUACUGACGAAAUGGUGCUCGAGGGUGGUGCACUUGUACUGGCUGAUAAUGGUAUUGCAUGUAUUGACGAGUUUGAUAAAAUGGACGAAAGUGAUCGGACUGCUAUUCACGAAGUCAUGGAACAACAGACUAUUAGUAUCAGUAAAGCAGGCAUUACCACCACUUUGAAUGCACGCACGUCGAUUCUUGCUGCUGCCAAUCCCCAGUACGGUCGUUACAAUCCUCGCAUGAAACCUACUGAUAACAUUAAUCUUCCAGCAGCCCUUCUUAGUCGAUUUGAUCUUUUGUUUUUGCUAUUAGAUAAGCCGUCAAUGGAUGAUGACCUGCGACUUGCACAGCACGUUACGUUUGUUCAUCGUGCAUUGGUGCAUCCACCCCGUGAAGAUCAAACGGAGCCAAUUGACUUGCCACUACUGAGAUACUAUGUCAGUUUGGCCAAAAAAAUAGAUCCAGUUGUGCCUGCCGAAGUUGGAGAUUAUCUUGUGAAUUCGUAUGUUCAUAUGCGCAGCAAGGCAAAAGAAAUGGAUGAUUUCCAAUAUACAUGUGCUAGAACAUUGUUGAGUGUGAUUCGUCUUGCUACUGCAACGGCUCGACUUCGAUUUUCUGCCGUGGUGGAAAUCACAGAUGUGGAUGAAGCACUUCGACUGACGGAAGUUUCUAAAUCUAGCUUGGUGGAACAAGACACUACCUAUACUCGGGAUCCAAUUUCGAUUAUUUUCGAGCUGAUCAAGGAGAUGUGUACCCGAUCCAAUGGGUCGCUCAAACGAGAGAUCCAACUUAGUGAUGUACGCGAGCGUGUCAUAUCCAAAGGAUUCAGUGAAGAACAGAUGAUGGCUUGUGUGAAAGUGUACAUGGACGAUGAUGUUUGGAUGAUGGUUGGUGCAGGUGAUGAACGACUUAGAUGGCUUCGUAUUGAUGAAGAUGACGAUCUUGAUGAGUGAAGAUUGACAUUUAUUUGGCAAAUCAAUGAAAUGAAAUGAGAUGGUCAGU